UAUCUCUCUCUCUCUUCCGUCCAUCUCCACAUUUUUUCUCUUUCUCUCUUAUCUCCAUGUCUUUCCUUCUCCAUGUUUUUCCUUCUACCUUUUUCAUUAUGUGCUUUUCUUUCCAAUUCAACAAGAAGGCUUAAACUUUUCGCCGGUAAAUUAAUUUCAUAAGCAGACGAAAAAAAUAAACUCGAUCUCCUAUUAAUUCUUCAUUGAUUUCUCUCUGAGCGUCAGAUUCCAAUGUAAGAAUUCCCAGGGGCUAUAAAAUAACACCUUCUACUUCCCUGGGAGUUUAACGAUACAUUCCACCAUCAUAACCAAGGCAUCAUAACGGGAAUCAAAUGGCUUCUUCAUCCUCAAUCAAGUCAGACUUUCCUCCAAGUAAGAAAAUCUAUUUUUACACUUGAUAUAUUUCUUGUGUUUGAUUUGGUUAGAGAUGAUCCUUACAAAUUUGAUCUGUUAAUUAAUUCCAACAUUUGGUAUCAGAGCCCUUCUCUUAAUCGAUUCAAACCAUUUUAAAUUAAGAACCGUAAUUCCGGUUUCUGAAAAUCUCUUCAUAAUUGGCGAUCGAAAGAUGAACGAACGGGCUGAAGUUGUUGUUGUGCCCCGUUAAUAUUUUCAUCGUUUAUCUUUUGAAAUCAUUCGUCUCCACGUUGCCUUACUUUCGUUUCUGUUGGCCUAACCAAUUUUUGCUAAUAAUAAGAAAGAAUCUAGUGCGUAGGAGUCGGUGAAUGGCUUCGUUAUUUUUGUUUGUUUGUUGUGAUAUAUUAUUAUCAUUAUUACCUUUUGUUUGAUCAUUUAAAAUAUUAACAAGUUAAAUUUAGUGGAGAUUUUAUCCAUUUAUGGUUAAACUUUUUCCAGUGGACUUGAUUGACAUCACAUAUGAUUAUAAUGUAUAAUUUGAUUCACUAGAGACAUCACUGGAUUUAAUUUUUCCAUUAAAAUAUAAUGACUGAAUGCACUCACGUUUGAUUCCUAUGCUUAAUUUCAUUUUAUUUGGGUCUAAUAUUAACGAAACCUAUGUGAAAAAUUACAUGAGAACUUUAAUUCUAAAAUGAAGGAUUUACUGAGUGUGAAAAAGCUUAAUAAAUAUUUGUACAUACAUUACCGUAACAAAAUUUUAAAUGUAAGUAAUUAUCCCAACGGAAAAUUACUUAUAUCACGUAUCUUAUAAGUAAUGAUACUUCUUAUAAGUAAUGAUGCUUGAUGACUUAAUGACUUGAUGCUUAUAUCAUAUUUAGGUAAUUAUCCCAACGGAAAUUAUUAAAUAUUUUAUAAGUCGAAAUAAGUUAUCAUGAUAUUUUGAGGUAUGUGUAGCAAAAUGACAAACCCAAAGGCGAGUCAUUAAGUUACACAUAUUAUAAAAUUAUUUUCAAACCUAAUUAACAUGAUUGUUGUAAUUUUCACCCAAAGGUGACUUACGAUAAUCAUAUGGCGUUUUUUUUUAUUAAAAUGUUCGAAGCACUUGAGUAUUGGAUAUGGUCAACGCAAAUCCAACACUCAAGUAGGACCUUAGUUUAGUCUAUUAUUUUUGGUGUUAGUAAUAGACUUAAUCUUCAAUAUGUUAUUUUGCUUACUUUAUGUGAUUGCCCUAUAUGUUUCAAUUCACUUAUGUUCUUCUAAAAUUUAUAUGUUCUAAUUGUGAUAAUCCAGCAUCCACUUUAAGUCCUAAUUAUGGGAUUGAACCUCUAACCGGCACUAAUUUCGCGUCAUGGCGAGAUGCCGUUAAAUUAACUCUUGGAAUGAUGGAUUUAGACUAUGCUUUGAGGCAUGAUCCUCCCGCUGCACUCACUGACCAAAGUUCACAAGAACAAAAACGAGUGUAUGAACAGUGGGAGAGGUCAAAUAGAAUGUCUCUCAUGGUUAUAAAGAAUUCCAUCUCGGUUGCUAUUCGCGGAGCCAUACCGGAUUCAGAAAAUGCAAAAUCAUACUUGGACUCCGUUGAAGAACAAUUUAAAGGCACCUCCAAGGCAUAUGCGAGUACUUUGAUUCUGAAGAUGUUGACUACAAAGUACGAUGGUGUGAGUGGUGUGCGUGAGCACAUCAUGAUGAUGAGUGACAUGUCCCACAAGCUUAAGGGCAUGGACAUGGAAAUUAGUGAGGGUUUUUUAGUGCACUUCAUUAUGACCUCUCUACCGACACAAUUUGGUCCUUUUAAAAUAAACUACAACACUCAAAAGGAAAAAUGGCAAAUGAGUGAACUCAUUGCCAUGUGCGUACAAGAGGAGGAGCGCUUAAAGAUUGAAAACCCCCGAUGUUGCUCAUCUCACAACCACAAACACCAGGAAAAAGAAAGGCAAAUUUAAUACUGGAGAAAGUUCAAAGGUUCAGAAAACAAAUGCAAAUGCAACUCCUGGCUCAACCGCUCCUAAGGGCCUGUUUCGUUGUAAAUUCUGUCAUAAGAAAGGACAUGGCCAAUGAGAUUGUCCAAAAUUCAAGGAGUGGCUAGCAAAGAAAGGGAUUCCAUUCAAUCCGGAGGCUGGAAAGAAACCAAAGAACCAUUAAAGUUGGCAAUGGUGAUGAUCUAAAUGUUGAAAUCGUAGGUACUUUGCAAUUAGUUAUGCAAGGUGGCUAUUGUAUUAACUUAUAUGAUACUCUUUAUGAACCGAGGAUGACUCGGAAUCUAGUAUCUGUUCAUAAGUUAGAUAAUGAUGGAUAUUAUGUAACAUUUGGUAUUAAUAAAGUCACUAUUACUUUAAAUUCCGAC